UUGCCCGUGAAAAAGGCGUCAGUAGAGCAUCAAACUCGUAAUGCAAAGCACAGAAUGCUCCCUUACAUUUUGAGUAUUUUGAAAAAUUCCGGACGACCGGAAACGAUUGCUUCCGUUUGUGAGAAGAGCCUAAGCUACGAUUCCUGCCCUAAUCCGGGAGAUGGCAUAAUUGAAGAUGUCGUUGAGCAAUCACUCAAUGAAGCCAUCGAAAUGGGACUUGUCAGGAAAGACAAGGAACGUCCGCUAUACAGUAUCACUAUCGACCGCUGGUACAUGCCAGAAUCGCAAGCCUUCCAAUCACGGUUGCACGAAGUCGUUCAAAACAUGCCGCAAGCCAUAUCGAGAUCCGUGGUAACUGCGAAAAAGAUUGCACAGCCUGCCAUCGUACCGAACCAAUUAGAUUGUGGCCCCAGGAGUCCGGCACAGUCACGUGCCAUUGCAAUCUACCGUCGAAUGCGCAUGGAACGAGAGAAGGAAGAGGCGGCUGCACGUGCAAGAAAGCGUCGUGCGAGCUCGAGUAAUCGGUCGAGAAGUCGUUCACGAUCUCGCAGCCGUCAACAAUCCCGGAGCCGUCAACAAUCCCGGAGCCAUCCUCGCUCGAGCACACAACGUUCGCGGUCUCUUUCCCACACCACAUCUCCGCGAUCUCGAAGUCGUUCCAAGAGAUAACCACGCACGCGCUAACGAGGUAAGCAAUGAGCUUAAACAUGCUAAA